AUGAUUAGGAGAAGUAUAACAAAAGCGGCAUCUACACCCGACAAAUAUAUCGGAGCUUCUGGGACAUCUUACUGGUUCAAAGAACUACUCCAAGAGAGACCUCAUCUAGGUCGGGUCUGGUUGGCAACGUCAGGACAGGACAAAGUUGUCUUGAAAGAUAUACCUAAAGAUAUUUUUGAUAACUUCAAUCAAAAAAUCCGGCCCCGGUUACCCAAAAGCCCGUACAUACGAAUGCCGUGGGAUACAGUACCAGGACAGAGAAUAUUGGUUUACAACCACCUGUCGAACAACUUCCUCUCUCUGGUCAAGGAAAAUAUCUCACUCCAAGCGCGGAAGCAGAUCCUGAAGGCUACCUUGUCAGAUAUCGCUGGAUUACACGAUCAGCAUAUCGUUCACCUUGAUAUUAAGCCAGACCAUAUCAUGGUUGACAGAGACGACAACGCUCAAGAUACCAUGGUUGAAAGGGUUCAGCUCAUUGACCUUGAGAAUGCCGCCUAUCUUCCCGAUGGUAGGUGUAUUAAAGGGAUGCUUGCGGGCAAUGCCAACUGGACAAGUCCAGAGGCACACUUGAAGGGAGAGCUUAGCAAGCCUGCAGACAUUUUCUCUUUUGGAAUUGUUGAUACAAAGCUUUUUCCAAGUGGCCAAAUGUCCUUGACUCAGAGUUCAAGGAUCUAA